UUUUCAAGUCCUCAGUAGCGCAGCAUAAUCACAAAAAAAAGUAAAUAAAACAGAAAACCUCUCUGUCUCUAUCUAUCUAUAUACAUAUAGCAUUUAUAUGUAUCGGUGGUGGUUGGAGGUGGUGAGCCUCAAAGUUGAGAAAUUGAUCGAGUUCGGUUGAGUUUUUUGAUUCUCGAAAGCAGAGGAGAAAAUGCCGAUGACGAGAUACGAGAUACGGAAUGAGUAUAGUUUGGCCGAUCCCGAGCUGUAUCGAGCGGCGGAUAAGGAUGAUCCGGAGGCCUUGCUUGAAGGCGUCGCCAUGGCCGGUUUGGUCGGAGUUCUUCGCCAGCUCGGCGACCUAGCCGAGUUUGCUGCAGAGAUUUUUCAUAACCUACACGAGGAUAUGAUGGCAACUGCUUCAAGGGGGCAUGCCUUAGCAUUUCGGGUUCAACAACUUGAGAUAGAGAUUCCUGCUGUUGAGAGAGCCUUUCUCUCCCAGACGGAUCAUUCCUCUUUCUUUUACCAUCCUGGUGUUGAUUGGCAUCCUAAUCUGCGACUCGACAAUAAUCUAGUAACACGAGAAGACAUGCCUCGGUUUAUAAUGGACUCUUAUGAAGAAUGCAGGGAACCUCCUCGCCUAUUCCUUCUAGACAAGUUUGACAUUGCGGGCGCUGGAGCAUGCCUCAAACGUUACACUGAUCCUUCGUUUUUUAAAGUAGAAUCCUCUGAAGUGACUAGUGCAGAUAUCCAGAGGGAAAAGAAGAUCCGCAAAGUAAAGAAGAAAGGGCCACGCUGGAGAAACAGAGAAACCCAUGAAGUUGUACCAACAUCACAUGCCAAACUUCAUCAGCUUUUCUUGGAGGAGCGUGUUGAAAAUGGUAUUAACAGUGCUUCUCUCGGUGCCAAAUUAAAGAGGAGACUGAAUGGAUUUCCUUUUAACUCCAAAACUGGAAAGAGCUACAUGGAGAAAAUACUGAAGUCUCCUUCCCCAGAUCAUAAAGUGCUUCACAACACGACCGUGGACUCACCACAGCUGAAGUUGGCCUCAAAUCAUCAUCACGGGGGUUCUGGUUCUGAAAUAUUUGAAGUCAGACCAUUGAGUCCCUACCGAGAGAGAGGGGCAAGAAAAAGAAGUACUCCUUCAUCUCCAGAUAGGGAAGGUGUUGUUCAGAAUCCUCCCACGUAUGACUCAGAUGAAUUUCCCAUCGAUGAUGAAACCUGCGAGCUACCAAGUUCGCAUGCUAGCAUUGCAACAAAUGGCCUCUCAUCUUCUCUUGAUAAUGUGACUGGUGAAAAGGUUGUAGCUGUCGAUGCAGAAAGCAAUAGAGCCGGAGGCUUAACUGGUUAUGAAUCUGAGGAUAUGGCCAGUGAGAAAGAUAAUUUUGUGGAUGCACCUUCAACCAUGGAGUCAGAAAUGGAUAGGGAUUCCAAUUUGAGAAUAAAGAGGGAUGGCACCUCGCCUAUACAAAUGGAAUCACUCAGUACAGAUACAUAUGAAGAACCUCCUCAUUCAAGGUCUUCUGAUUCUCAGUCUAUUGGAGACUCAAUGAUGUCCGAUGUGGGGAACAACUCCUCAGAUUCUCCAAGCGUUUCAGCUGAAAAGCCACAAUCAGAAAGCUCUUCCACUAAAGGAUCUCUAUGCACUGAUAUCUGUGUAAAUGAGAUAGUUGGUGCAUCAUCUUACCACGAAACUGCCGAUGAAGAUUUUCCAGUGGUUUCCAAUGAUACAAGCAGAGAGACUGAUGUAUUCAUCAAUCGCAGGUCUGGUUCCAAGCAGGUCUCUUCUAGCAGUGAUGAAUUUGUGAGAAAAUAUAUGUUGAAUCCACCUGAGCCAGAAAUGUCUACACUGGAUGACAAAGAAGAGAAGACAGACCUAAGCAUAGAUCCAUCGUGUGUGCCUUCCAAUGGUAGACGCACCGAGACCAACACGAUCACCAACCAAAGGUCUGAGUUUGAGCAGGUGACUUCUACUUUGUGCAUGAAUGGAUCAAUGCCUACUGUGGAGCUUUCUGAUCCAGAAGACGUUGUGGGAGAUCAUAAGCCAGAAGCACCCGGUGGGUCAGAUGAGAUGGUCUUUGUGACGGAUGACAUAGAAAAGAUGAUAAAUCUGAUAACAAAUCCUCCAUUUUCUCCCCGUGCCUGCAUAUCUGGAUUGCAGUCAGAAGAUGAUUUAUCAAGAUCCUCUGAGGGAGAACAAAUAGUGGAUGGACCAAAUGGUGAGAACGUACCUUGUCUUUCUACUGAAUGUGAUAUUUAUCAUCAUAACACUGAUAGUUCCGUUAAAACAUCCUCCAAUUUGCUGCAUGAGGAUGAAUACGAUGGGGAGGAUCGGGAGUUGGCAGAUGAUGCAUCUUCAACAUUGAAUACACCUAAUGUCCUUUCAACAAAUGGUAUUCUGGACACAAUGUCUUCUGGAAAUGCAAUUCAAGAUAACUUUGAAGAUGAGUUUCCAGAGGUGCCUAACUCUGCUGAUGAUUAUCCGGACGCAGCACAUAAUGGCGACAAUAUCGAGCCUAAAGGAGAUGACCUAAUUGGUGUGUGGGAUGAUGGAGAUUCAAAUGUUUCUACAGAUUCUCUAAACCAUUUUCCAUGUUUCAUGGAGGCAUCUCUCCAGAAGGGACUCGAAGAAACACCAUUGGCCGGUGCUAACACUCUAACGGUUGACAAUAACUCUACUAGCUCCAUUGACAACGAGACUAGCUUGGACAACCUAAAAUUAUCGCACCUAGCAAACUCUCCUGAUAGUCCUAUGGGAGUUCUUGAUGCUCAUGAUGACGACAUUCCUGAAGAAGAUACAACCGUAGAUGACACUCUUCCGCUUGGAACUCCUGAACCUUGUGAAGCUGAGAGUUCGCAGGGCACAGAAAUACCUUAUCAUGUUUCUCCCAAUGAUUCAGAAGCCCUAGAAAUAUCACAUCUUGAAGAGCCUUCAGGAACGUCAGAUGCUGCUGUAGAAAUGGAUGGAGUCUCACUGUUCUCAGGUUCCAAUGCUCAAGAAGUUACUGAAAUUACAAACUCUGCUGAUAUAAAACCAACAAAUGAGAUUCAUGUGCUGUUGAGUGAGUCUGAUUCAGAGGCUGAUACAUCCAACACAACAGAGAUAAUCACUUUUCCUGUUCCUGCAAUUUCUGACGAUGCAAGUCUUAGUAAGUUGGUGGAAGAGCACAAUGGUCCCUUUGAUGACUCUGGCGUACACGAACUUGAGAAUGAAAAGAACUCUUCCACUGAAGGGGAAUCAGAUCAUGUGGAGAAGUUGGGCUCAACAGAGGCUUCUGCUUCAGGUUCUGGAUCAAUCGUCUGCAACUCUGUCGAUAAUGAUAAUCCCGAAUCAGAAUUAUCAGGUUGGGUUCCUAAUUCACAUCUUAAUACAGAGCAAUGUGAUCUAGAUAGAGAACAAGAACUGUUCAACGAAAGUGGUCUUGAAAAUCAUGUUGUUGAUGCUCCAUCACUGCCAGCUGAUAUCUACACUGAAGAAUCAGUACAAGAUAAAGUUGGGUUACCGCCCUCUCUCCUUGAUCAACAUCUACCAUGUCCUGGCGAAAUAAGUCCCGAGUUGUCACCUUCGUCACCUAUGAAUUACCUGCAAACACUUGAUAAUGAGGAUGGCAAAGGAGAGAGCACUUCGGUCUCUGCGUUCUCUCUUGCGAAUGGUUCGGGCCCACCUCCAAUUCCAGAGCUCUCAAGAUCAAGUAACAACGAGUUCAAUGUCCCCGGAUAUCCCAAGGAUCCAUUAGGUUCCAUUUCUGCUCCAAAUAAUCCUUUUCUGGAAGCAAAUCAGAUAAAUCUUUCGGACCUACCUCCGCUGCCACCUCUCCCGCCAGUUCAGUGGAGGAUGGGAAAGCUUCAGCAUGCUUUGCCUUCUGCAGAGGAAGAGAUGAUAAGAAAUGAAGAAUCAUUCCCUCAAUUGCUCUCCCCAACUGCAGCCACUGAUGAUGUUGGUUCUACCCCAUCAGCCAAACCCACUCAUGAUGGUUCUUCCCCGCCCACUGCACCCACCGAUGGCAGUAUCUCUGUAUGUGAAGUGAGGAGAGACUCAGUGACGGAACUUGCUGUUGAUGAUGCCAUAUCGAAAGAUAAGAAUCUUGAAAAUAGCUGUUCUAGCUCGGAAGCCAAAACUUUGCUCGAGACUACAGACCAUCCCGAAAAGAUAGAAAACAUUCCACAGCUGUUAGCCACACCCAUUCCAGAGAGCGUAUCUGCAUCAUCAGCAGCAGAAGAUAGUGCUGAAAACGGGAGCCAAAAAGUGAAAUUUCCCCGGCCUCACAAUCCUCUUGUAGAUGACGUUUCUUUCCUUGAUAAGAGUAAACUACGGAAAGUCACAGAACGAGUUAUGCCCGAGAUACAGAAGGUAGAAGAAAGAGAUUCUCUCUUGCAGCAAAUAAGGACCAAGUCCUUCAACCUGAAACCUGCAAUGGCAUCAAGACCUAGUAUUCGGACUCGGGCUCCUAACACCAAUCUCAAAGUUGUUGCGAUUUUGGAAAAAGCGAAUGCAAUCCGCCAGGCCUUUGCUGGUAGCGAUGAGGACGAUGACGAUAGCUGGAGUGAAUGAUGCACAAGAAAUCAAAAUCAUCAAGGAGGAAAUCCUACAAAUGAUUGUUGCUGAAAUUUUUCUCGAGACUAAAAAAGAUAACGACGAUUCGACUCUUUUACACCGUUGUUUGCUCGUUUUCUGUCUUCUGGUUCAAUUUCAAGGUGACCAAUUAUUGAGCUUUUUUCGAAUCCAAGAGUGAAGUUUAAGUUUAUAUGUGUUUGUUCAUGAGUAGAGCAAAGGUUGUAUACUAUUUUACAGUUUAACUAUUUGUGUAAAUGUUUGAGGGUAUAUAUUUGCAGAUAUAGUAUAGAAAAUUAUUAGUGUAAAAGCAAUACCAGUGUUUUCAGUUUUGUUCUUGUUGUAAACAGUUUUUUUAUUCUUUAUCUUCAGAAGAUUUACUCUUGGACAAUA